UCCAGCAGAGGGCGCUCAACAUUUCAAAGAUGGACGAUAAAUCUAGGAAAACAAAUCAUUUUGUCAUUUGAUCUCAUAGGUCUAAAACGUUAAAUUAAAACAAUUUAUACGAGUGUUUUGCCAAAGUGAAAGUUGGAGUACGUUCUUCAAAGUUUAUUUGUUUGUGGUUCGAAUUUAUAUAAGUAUGUCUGAAGCACGGGAAGUAAAAUUGACUUUAUCCCAGUUAUUUAUGUGGUUGCAAGGCCGGCAGAGAUCUUUGGUUGAGGGUGAGGCAGUUUUUGAUGCUGGUCACAUAAUAUUUUGCAAACUAAAAAAGCAAGAUGCCCUGGAAGUGGUUGCAUUAUGUGUGCAAACAUCCAGCAUAAACACUCUGCCUCAUGAAAUAUCGAUAAAAAUUCCGUGUGAAGAAGAUUUAACAACAUGGAGCUGUAAGUGUUCAUGCAAGGCUGGUGAAUCAGGAUGCUGUAAACAUGUGGUGGCAACUUUAAUUUACAUAAAUCGGAAGAGCAAAUUAGAAUUCUGUAGCCCAACUGAACUGGAGCAAGCUUGGGGCGUUAAUAAGCCCCUGAUAAAAGAAACUUAUCAAGGGGAGAGACUGGUCGACUUUGUACGGAAGAAACAGUAUUCUCCAAAUAUCUCCAAUCUUGAUACCAGUAGAAAGAACUUUAAGCUUUUGAGUGAAUAUUGCAAAUCUAAUUCCCCACUGCAUCAAAUUAAAAAUAGCAAAAGGAAGGAUGACUUUUUCAGUUACGACAUAAUAAAAAACAAUUUAAUGUGCAGUCAAUCAAUAGUCAGGGGUAAAGAUGUUGAUUGCAAUAGUAACUUUUAUUAAGUAAGGUUGUAUUAAAUAUUGAAGAGGCCGAAGAAUUAUACUUUG